AUGUUGGAUACAAGAAUUAUUUUCUUUUCGCUUUCUCUAUGGAUUUCAUACGUCAUUGGAGACGGUGCAAACUUUUUAAAUAACAACGCCUUGCAAGCCCAACCCCAAGAGAAAGAUGUAUGUUAUAGUACCCUAUACAAGCUAUAUUGCGGAAUCAAAUGCGGAACAAAACUUGGUCUAUGCAUCGAGAAAUAUUGCUACUGUGUUUAUGCCGUUCAAGCUUCUAAACGUACCGAUGACCCUCAAACGAUUUACCUGGCUAGACCUGAAAAACCGUUUGACGAGAGCGAUUUGAGCUUGGAUAUGCCUCAACAAUUUGGAGAAAAUGCCGUUCAAAGAGUACCGGUAGAAAGUGCACCACGUGAAAUAGACGAAGCGAUAAACUAUUCACAUCGACCAACCCUUCGCCAUCACAUCGCCCAUUUUUGUCCGAAUUUGGACAUUGCGAGGACUUGCAUACGGACUUGUAUGAAAGAGGGAAAGCCCGCCUUUUGUGGGAAGGAUCACGUGUGUUACUGCGGUCACAAAUAUAAUAGCAGAGAUGAGACCUCUAACCAAAAUGUGGCCGAAACGUACGGACAGUUUCGGGAUCUGUAUGAAAAAUAUUUCGGAACGCAUAAUUAUGCCGAUGUUGAGAAAAAGAUACAG